CGCUGACACGUCGUCUUCCAAAAAGCAUUGCUAUUAGCUUGAACCACGGAGAGGCCCCAACCUUACCAACCAACCCGCGUCGCGCAUUAGCAAAAACAAUACCCCCUUGUGACAAAGUGGCAAGGGAUGAAGUUCCGUGACACGGCCGUAUCUGCCCUGGCUGGGAGAUGUUUUUCUCUCUCCCAACGCCAACUUUCUCGACUAUCCGCCAUUCGGAGCGUUCCUGGUGUAUAUUCUGUUGGACACGAUAUCUCACGCCAAAAACGACUAAGGCUUGUCAGUGUAAGAUCGGCGAAACGGCUUGCAAUCACGAUUCAUGGAUCAGCAGAAAGCAUCACUAGGGCUCUUUCCGCAAGGCGCACUAAGGUGAUGUCCGAGAAGGAGUUCUACACGUUCAAAUACCUUCAGGACGCACCAUUGGAACCACUUGGCCAGGAUCCUUCAUUGCUACCUAGCAAAGCAAACGCCGUGGAUGACGCCUAUUGCGGCAUGGAGUCUAUCCAUUUUCCUUCUCUUCUGCCAGACAGGCGUGUUGAAAAUGGAUUGUGGUGUCGGGGUUGUGAAUGGACAUGCGAACGUUACCGGUUUGGUGGCUUGGUGUCGAAUAUUGUCUCGGGCCUGGUGCCUCCCAACCGCGAGCCACUUAGGGUGCUCAUGGGAUCGCAACGUCGUGGCAGAUCCGAGGCUGGUUUCUUGGAACAUAUCAAGCAUUGCCGUGGUGUGCGUGGAUUGGUCCCCGACUUGGGGUCGUGGAACGAAACGGGUUGACUGUUUCAUACCUUGCAAUUCGAUGAAGCAAAGGCGAGGACAGAGCUCGAGUCGUUACCAUCCGAAUUGGCCGAGACAACGGGGAGAGGCUAUAUAGCUUCAACGCGGAAAGUCUAACGGCUGUCGUAGUCAAGGGUAGCAACUCAAUUGUGCCAGGGCAGAGUGGGCAUGAUGAGUCCAGGAGAAGACUAGAGAUAGGUUACCUACGCAUGGUCAUAGUUGAG